AAACAUGUUGAAACCACAGAGCACCCAUGAAUUGAAUUGUGAUUCUGCUGCUGACUGUCUGGGCUAAAAAGUUGCGGGUGGUUCCGAUCAUCGCAGCCACGGAGUGGCUAAAGAUGCCUCCAAAGCGGGGCGACUUCCACUGCACCGUUUGUGGAUUUCGAUGUCGAUAUGACUACUUUGGCAAGGAGCCGCCGUUUGAACAUGCAUCCAUCAGGUGGCUAGAGGACAUCUAUGCACUGAAGAAUCCGUCUCCGGAAGAAUAUGGAGAGGUCCGGACGAUUUGUCUGGGAGCACCAUGCAGUGUUUGUGCCAACCCCGUGUGUGUCGACGAGAAGUGCUCCCUGUUUUACCAGGUGAGAUUCUGCAAGUCCUGCGUGCAACAGGCCAAGAACCACUUCCCACCUGACGUGGCAGAAGGACUCGCCAAAGAUCUGCGAAAACUACUGGAUUAAAAGAGCACAAA